AUGCUCACACGAUACGGAGUCAUCUCAUGGCUCGCCCUGUCGACUAUGGCAGCCGCCAACCCUCCGCCAGCGCCUCCAGCCCAGCAGCAAUGCGAGCCCAAGACCGAGACGAUUGUACACACCGUCCACGAGACCGUUCAUGUUCCUACAACAAUUCACAAGACGGUACACGUCACGCUACCGGGAGAAGUGAAGACAGUCCACGUUUCCGUCCCGACGACGAUACACCAAAUCGAGACUAUCCACGAAAAGAUACCCGUACACGUCACGGUUCAUGUUCCGACAACAAUCAAAGAGACCGUACACAUUACUCAGCCCCCACAGGUGGUGAAGGAGACAAUACACAUCACAGAAACGAAGAAGGAGGUCCAAACUCUUCCUCCUCAGGUGGUCAAGGAGACCGUCCACAUCACUCAGCCUCCUCAAACUGUGAAGGAGACAAUCCAUGUUACCCUUCCCCCUCAGACAAUCCAUGUCACUCAGCCUCCUCAGGUGAUUAAAGAGACUGUUCACGUAACUCAACCUCCGCAGGUGGUGAAAGAGACGAUACACGUUACUUUACCUCCUCUGCCUCCUCAGACAAUCCACGUCACUCAGCCACCGCAAGUCAUCAGGGAGACGGUGCACAUCACUCAACCUCCUCAAAUCAUCAGAGAGACUCUUCCGCCUCAAGUCAUCAAGGAGACUUUGCCACCUCAGAUUGUCAAGGAAACCGUUCACGUCACUCUACCUCCUGUCCGGGAGACGGUCCAUGUCACCUUGCCUCCUCAAGUGGUCAAGGAGACUAUACAUAUCACCCAACCACCUCAGGUUAUCAAGGAGACGGUUCACGUCACGCAGCCUCCCCAGAUAAUCAAGGAGACUCUGCCGCCUCUGCCGCCUCAAAUAGUCAAAGAAACCGUACAUGUCACUUUGCCUCCAGUCAAGGAGACUGUACACGUUACCUUGCCUCCUCAGAUAAUCCACCAAACCUUGCCGCCUCAGGUCGUCAAGGAGACGGUACAUGUCACCCUUCCUCCGCAGGUGGUCAAGGAAACAGUUCAUGUCACUUUGCCUCCCCACGUUGUCAAGGAAACAAUCCACGUUACGCAGCCUCCUCACAUCAUCAAGGAGACGAUUCAUGUUCCUCAGCCUGCGCAGACGGUACACAUAACACAACCUCCCCAAGUCAUCCAUCAAACGGUCCAUGUCACCCAGACGGUCAGCCACUGCGCAACAACAAUCGCAGCGCCAGUCUUGGGCCACCAACCCUCCCCACCUCCGGCAGUGCAUCCCUCAGCGGCACCAGCAGUACCGCCGGUUCAUGAAGCUUCCCCGCCGGCCCACACCAUGGCUCUUCCGGUCCAUACACCUCCACCGGCCGCACACCAUGCCCCGGUAGCCCCGCCGGUUCACCAAGCGCCGCCAGCCGAGGCAAUGCCCGUUCAUACGCCUCCUGCUGAGGCCAUGCCGGUACACACACCUGCUGCUGCCCCUCUCGUUCACGAAGCCCCGGCAGUUGCUCCUCCAGCCCACAUGGCGCCUCCCACUGAGGCUGCGCCCCCUGCUCAUCAGGUCCCUCCCAUUGGGUUCACACCAAUCAACCCUCCAGCAGAGGCGCCAGCGGCACCAGUCGAACCAGUGGCUCCACCGGCACACCCUAUGAAAAUGAGAUUCAUGGCUCGGAGAUAA